CACACAGACCGGGGCCGCUUCCCCCCGCGGCGGGCUCACUAUGUGGCAGCAGCAACAACAGCAGCAGCCGCCGCAGCAGCCACCUCCGCCGCCGCCACCUCCGCCGCCGCCCUCGUCGACGGGAUCCCCGAUGGAGGCCGAGCGGGUGGCGGCGCGGGCCCAGCAGCUGCACCAGCAGGCCGCGGCGGCGGCGGCCCAGGCCCAAGCGCUGGCCGCGGGGGGAGACCAGCCGCCGCCGCCGCCGCCGCCUUCGCCUCAGCAGCAGCAGCAGCCGCAGCAGCAGCAGGCGACGCAGGGCGGCCCGGGCCGCGGCGAGCUGAGCCUGCCGGGCAUCCUGCACUUCAUCCAGCACGAGUGGGCGCGCUUCGAGGCCGAGAAGAGCCGCUGGGAGGCCGAGAGGGCCGAGCUGCAGGCCCAGGUGGCCUUUCUUCAGGGGGAAAGGAAGGGCCAAGAGAACCUGAAGACCGAUCUUGUGCGGAGGAUAAAGAUGCUGGAAUACGCGUUGAAGCAGGAGAGGUCGAAGUACCACAAGCUGAAAUUUGGCACUGAACUGAACCAGGGGGAAAAGAAACCAGAUAUGUCAGAACCAGUCUCCAAUGGGCCAGCAGAAACAAUUUCAUUGGAAAGCAACCAGUUUAUGUGGAAAGAAGGGCGCCAACUCCUCCGCCAGUACCUGGAAGAAGUGGGCUACACAGACACCAUCCUAGACAUGCGUUCGAAGCGGGUUCGCUCUCUGCUGGGCCGCUGCUCUGUGGAGUUAAAUGGUGCUGCCGAGCCCAGUGGCUUAGCGACUGGGCCUGCCUCAGGGCCUGCUGGGCUGAAUGGCGGAGAAUCCCUCCUUGUCAAGCAGAUAGAGGAGCAGAUCAAAAGGAAUGCUGGGAAGGAGGCAAAAGACCGGAUCAGCAGCGCAGUGAUGGAGAAGAUCCCCUUCCUGCAGGGUUGUGAAGAAGAAGACAGUGACAAAGAGGAGGAUUUGGAAAGCCUGCCCCUCGAGACGCAGCGGCAACACAAGAAGCAGCGAGUAAAGCUCGUCAACAAGCCCCUGAUGCCAGAAGUAGAGGACGAAGAUGAUGAUGAGGACUCGGAGGAUGCGCUGAGCGAGUUCGACUUCCUCGGCUCUGGGGAGAACGGCGAGGGGUCCGGGGACACCCGGCGGGCCGGAGAUGGCAACGAGAUCGAAACCCGCCGGGUGAAGCUGCAAGGCAUGCUUGCCGACCUCCGAGACGUCGAUGGGCUCCCUCCUAAGCCAUCCAUGCCGUCGGCCGUCUCCAGUCAGCCCAGGACUCACGAAGGGUCGCUGGGCUUCUCCUCAGAUGUGUUUAUCAUGGACACCAUUGGCGGAGGGGAGGUCAGUCUGGGGGACCUUGCCGACCUGACUGUCACCAAUGACAACGAGCUAAGCUGUGAUCUCUCAGACAGCAAAGAUGCUUUUAAGAAGACAUGGAACCCCAAGUUUACCCUCCGGAGCCACUAUGAUGGGAUCCGGGCCCUGGUGUUCCACCACGUCGAGUCCGCGCUGGUCACCGCCUCGGAGGACGGCACACUGAAGCUGUGGAACCUCCAGAAGACGGUGGCAGCCAAAAAGAAUGCAGCGUUGGACGUGGAGCCAGUCUACGCAUUCAGGGCACACAGGGGCCCGGUGCUUUCUGUUGCCAUGGGCUGCAACAGUGAAUACUGCUACAGCGGAGGAUCAGACACAAGGAUCCACUGCUGGAGGAUCCCAGAUCUCAAUAUGGACCCCUACGACGGUUACGAUCCCAGCGUGCUCAGCAACGUUCUGGAUGGCCACACGGAUGCUGUCUGGGGCCUGGCGUUCAGUCCCUCGAAGAACCGCCUGGCUUCCUGCUCAGCGGACGGCACAGUGAGGAUAUGGGACCCCAGCAGCAGUGACUCUUCCUGCCUCAGCACCUACAAUGUGGAGAGUGAGAACGGAAUCCCGACCUCCGUCACGUUCUCCAGUACCGACCCUGCGCACGCUGUGGCAGCCUUCCAGACGGGCCAUGCGGUUCUCUACGAUGUGGAGGUUGCCUGCCCUGUCCUGACACUGGAGUCUAGUCCGGCCAGCGGGGCCAGUCAGAUCAACCAAGUUGUGAGCCACCCAGCCCAGCCGGUCACCAUCACCGCCCACGACGACCGAGGGAUCCGCUUCCUAGACAAUCGGACAGGGAAAGCUGUGCACUCCAUGGUGGCUCACCUGGAUGCCGUCACCUGCCUGGCUGCAGAUCCCAACGGUGUCUUCCUUAUGUCAGGAAGCCACGACUGCUCCCUCCGGCUCUGGAACCUGGACAACAAGACGUGCACGCAGGAAAUCACAGCCCACCGCAAGAAGCACGAGGAGGCCAUCCACGACGUGGCCUUCCACCCCAGCAAGGCCCUGAUCGCCAGUGCCGGGGCGGAUGCCCUUGCCAAGGUCUUCGUAUGAGAAGCGGAUGAGGCCUGCAGGAGCGUCCCCAGGACUCCGCUGCCGCUUUGUUCCUCUCUUUCUCUGGCCCAGCCAGUGGUGCUAACAACGACUCCUUCCUUCGCCACGGGCGCCUCCCGCCACCUCCCUUCCAGCUCAGGACCGAACCCUGCUGGGCAGCGGUGGUGGCCGGGGGCAAUCGACCAGGGGGGGGGGAAAGGCAGCUGCUUCCCUGAGACCUUGGGGCUCACCUUCACCAGCACUGAAAUAUUUUCCGCUCAUUUCAAGGUCGCCUGGUUUUUAUUUCCCAGCUCAGGGAGUGGAAAAAACUUUCCUGGGAUUUGUUGGGAGGGGGGUGGGGGAGGGAGUUAAGGACUGGGAUCUCCUGCUCUGCGUGAGGUCCGGGGAAGGGCUUGUGGCACCGGCCGCCUUGGGCGUGGCUUUCUGAAAUCUCCCUAACUGCCCCUUGUGCUGGUGACUCUCUCCCACCCCC